UAUACUCUAUCCACAUCCUGUGCACACCGGGUCCCGCUCCGAGUCACAGUUGAAAGGUUAGCUGCUGGAGGCGGUACCGGGCGGAGGUAGGUGUGAACUGUGGACGCUGCCUGCGAUUCUGCUCUUAUUAAUAUCUGAAUCAUGGCUGUAGACUGGAUUGGUUUUGGAUAUGCAGCCCUGUUGGUUUCUGGGGGCUUUAUGGGAUUUUCCCGGAAAGGCAGUAUUGUAUCCCUUGCUGCCGGUCUCACCUUUGGAUUGCUUGCAGCUUAUGGGGCUCUGCGUGUUUCCACCAAUCCGAGGGAUAUCAAGAUAUCAUUAAUUGCUGCAGGCACUCUGUCUGUAGUAAUGGGCCUCAGGUACUAUCGUGGUAGGAAAAUGUUCCCUGCUGGAUUAUUAGCAGUAAUAAGCAUUUCCAUGGUCGUGAAGCUGCUACUUAACCUGAGCUAGAGCUAGAGGCCUGCACUUUAUGGAAGAACGCACUCUAAACAGACUAACUUUUUGGAUAUGGAUCAAUUUUAUACAUUUUGCUAUGAUGACCUGUGCACUAAAUCUUUUUAAUCUCCUCAUUUGUAUUGUAUUAAUUUUACAUGAGAAUGAAUUUUUUAUAUUGCCAAUUAAUUCAUCUGGAAUGAAUCAAUAAAACAAGCAUGCUUAAAGUU